AUGCUCGUCACUCUCCCCCUCGUCGCUGCCCUCGCUGCCCUCGCUCCCGCCGUCUCGGCCAACUCGGCCAUUCAGGAGUACAAGCUGUCGGCCCCUGGCAUCCGCGCUUCGUUUAUCCCCCACGGCGCUCGUCUUCUCACUCUCGAGGUCCCCGACCGUAACGGCGAGUGGCGCGACGUCAACCUCGCCCACGCCGAGACCAAGACGUUUGCUGAGGAGACCUCGUCGAGCCGCUCGUACUUUGGCUCCGUUGUCGGCCGCUACGCCAACCGCAUCCGCAACGGCACGUUCUACGUCGAUGGCCAGGACUACCACACCCCCCUGAACGACCAUGACGGCCUCGACACCCUCCACGGUGGUCUUGAGGCGUACGACGCUCGCGAGUGGACUGUUCUGAGCUCGAACGCCAGCACCAUCACCUUCCAGCUGCUCGACCACGCGUCCGAGGGCUUCCCGGGCAACGUCCUUGCCCUUGCCUCGUACACUGUUACUGCUGGCAAGCUCACGACCAUCCUGACAGCCUACGCGCUCGACCUCCCCACCCCGAUCCUGCUCACCACCCACUCGUUCUUCAACCUGGCCGGUGACGCCACCACCACCGUCCUCGACGACACCCUCGAGCUCCCCGGCGCCGGCCGCUACGUCAUGGUCGACAGCAUCGCUGUCCCCACGGGUGAGAUUGCCGAUCUCCGCUCGGUCCGCCCCGACGGCUCGCUCCACCCGCUCAACUACACCUCGGCCCGCCCCAUCCGCGACUCGCUCGACGCCAACCUGUGCGGCGACGGCUGUGUGGGUCUCGACAACUGCUGGAUCUUUGACAAGCCCGAGCCCGUCGACGGGCCUUCGGUCGGCCCCGCCCAGGUCAUCUGGACCUCGGAGCAGUCGGGCAUCCGCAUGAAGGUCCACACCAACCAGCCCGCCAUCCAGCUCUACGACUGUAUCGGCAUGGACGGCACGCUCGCCACGUCGGCCGGCACGGUCGUCAAGUAUGGCUGCAUGGCCAUUGAGCCCCAGGGCUGGAUCGACGGCAUCAACCACCCCGAGUGGAACCAGAGGCAGAUCUACGCGCCCGGCCAGGGCCCCCACGUCAACAUUGCAGAGUACGCGUUCGACACCGUCCCCAUCGCCCAGCACCCCGACCUCGACGCGGCUCUUGGUAUGGGCUCCCAGGGCUUCCUCCACGUUUAA